AUGACUUAUUUUUAUACUGACAUCGCUGAGGAAACCUCCGGGUCAAACCCGGAGGUUUCCUCAGUUAUGUCAGCACGUAAAAUUAAUGUACUGACAUCACUGAGGAAACCUCCGGGUUAUGUUAAGUUAACAAGUUUAAUUAAAAUACUGACAUCACUGAGGAAACCUCCGGGUGCUGACAUGGACCCGGAGGUUUCCUCAGUGAAGUCAGCGCCCGGAGGUUUCCUCAGUGAUGUCAGUUCUCGAGGCUACAGUAAUUUAUUCUUUCUAUGUAUCUCGAUCAUUCAACAACUACCCGGUGUAUCUCCCAUGGGCCAAUACACCACCGUCACACCCCUCGUAAUCAUCUUGAUCGUAACCGGUCUCAAAGAACUAUACGAAGAUAUCGUUCGACAUCGCGAAGAUAAAAAAGUAAACUCUAGAGUGACCGAGGUUUGGAAAGACGAUACGUGGGCGCAAGUUAAAUGGCACGAGAUCAAAGUUGGCGAAGUGAUUCGAGUCAAGAAUAAUCUCGAGUUCCCGGCCGAUUUGUUAUUGGUGUGUUGCAGCGAUAACUCGACCGGAUUGGCUUACGUCGAGACGGUCAACUUGGAUGGUGAAAGUAACCUGAAGAUUAGAAGGGUUCCGUUUCAAAUGCUCGAUAAAUGCAUCGAUACUGUUAAAACGCUCAGAGGUGUGAUAACCUGCGACAAACCGAACGAACUUAUAUUCAACUUCAAUGGUACGUUGCAACCCUUAAAACAGCCCAAACUAUCCCUCAGCGAAGAUCAAAUCAUGCUUAGAGGGGCCAUCUUACGCAAUACAGACUGGAUCCUCGGUAUCGUCAUUUAUACCGGAAUCGAUACCAAAAUAUCGCACAAUUCCAGACGUAAAGAGCACAAGAAGUCGAGCAAAAGCGAUAUAAUCAAUUGGCACAUGAUGGUAUUGUUCACGGUAUUCGUCUUUUUGACCAUAUUCAACAGCAUCAUGUACAUCCUUUGGGAUUAUAAAAUGAAAGAGAGCGUCUGGUAUUUAGACUUAUCAUCUCAGCAAGCGUUCAACUACCUAUCCAUAUUAACCUUCGCCAUCGGUUACAGUUUCAUGAUCCCUAUUUCGUUGCAAAUCUAUCUCGAAGUAGUCCAACUAGUCCAAGCCAGUUUCAUCAACAACGAUAAGAAAAUGUUCUGUAAGCCGAAAGCGGUCCAUGCUAAAGCGAUGACUUCGACUUUGAAUUCGGAUUUGGGCAAAGUGAAGUAUAUUUUCACCGAUAAAACGGGCACAUUGACGCAGAAUAGUCUCGAGUUUCGUAAAUGUUCGGUGAAUGGGGAAGCCUACUCGGUUGCAGAUAUCGAUAAGCUGAAGGCGAAGUGUGCGAAGAAUUCCACUUGCGAUCAUUUUUUCCUCGCUAUAUGUCUCUGUCCUGGUAUAAUUCCGGUGUUUAAUAAGAAUACCAAGAGUUUGCAGUAUUACGCUUCGUCGCCGGAUCAUUUGGCUCUGAUUCAGGCUGCGAAAAUGCACGGAUAUGUGUUGAAGAAUAGGAAUUACAAGAAUGCUACGGUCGCUGUGCAGAAUACCGAUGUUGAAUACGAAAUCCUAGCCGACAUAGAAUUCACCAACGAACGCCGAAGAUCCACCGUCGUAGUGAGAACACCAGAAAAACGAAUCAUAUUAUACAUCAUGGGCAGCGACGAUAUGAUAUUCUCUCGUCUCUCGAACGAUGCCAGCAUCAAAGACGUGACCUACAAACACGUAGUAACAUUCGCUCUGGCUGGUCUACGCACUUUGUGCAUCGCUAUGGUCGACGUCAGAGAGGACGAGUUCAAUAAAUGGAUCAAAUUGUACGAAAAAGCCAAGCUUUCGUUACAGUCUCGAACCAUAGCAGUGGCCAGAACAGCCGAAAAACUAGAAAGAAAUCUUAAUUUGUUGGGCGCAGUCGCUUGCGAAGAUAAACUCCAAGAAGAGGUACCCGAGACGAUAGAUUUUUUCAUCAAGGCAGGUAUCAAAGUAUGGAUGUUGACUGGUGACAAGCAAGAGACAGCUAUAAAUAUAGGAUAUUCGACCAAACUGCUAUCUUCGAGUAACUUGAUGUUCGUUUUGAAUUCGGAGAAUAUAGCCGAACUUCAACGUAGCUGCGUCGAGAUCACGAAUAAAAUGAGCUCCAACAGGAAGGUAGCUUUGGUCGUAAAUGGUAAUUCGCUGGGGUUACUGCUCAGCUCGGAUUUCGCCGAUUACUUCAUUACUCUUUCGAUGAACUGCGACGUAGUCAUAUGCUGUCGAAUGAUCCCCCUUAUGAAAGCAAUGGUCGUGAACUUCGUUCAAAAUAAAACCCAAUGGGUUACUUUGGCCAUCGGUGAUGGAGCCAAUGACGUAGCUAUGAUUCAGACAGCCACCGUCGGCGUAGGUGUCUCCGGAGUCGAAGGUCUACAAGCUGUUCACGCUGCAGAUUACUCCAUAGCUGUGUUCAAGCACUUGAAGAGAUUAUUAUUCGUCCACGGUACUUGGAAUUACAACAGGGUUUGCAAAUUGAUAUACUACAUUUACUAUAAAAAUAUACCUAUCGCUAUCACCCUGCUUUAUCUAUCAUCGGCCAGUGGCUGGUCCGGAUCUUCGUUUUUUGACGAUUGGGCGUUCACCCUGUAUAACGUCCUGUUCACCGAUGGAGCCACCGUAGCUGUUGGUAUAUUUGAAAAAGACUAUUCCGAAGAGAAACUCAUGACUGAUUACUCUAUCUACAAAGAUAACGAUUGGUUCGACACGAAGAGUUUCUAUAUUUGCCUGAUCAAUGGAAUAUGGCACGCAAUCGUCAUGCUUUUCAUCACCAUGAAUAUGUUUGCCACGAACACAGUGUGGGAAAAUGGCUUAUCCGAUCAUAUCUAUAUUCAAGGACAUAUAGUUUACACUAAUAUUUUACUGCUGGUUUUACUCAAGUGUAGUUUGCAUAUUCUGCACUGGACCAAGUUUUCAGUUUUUUUCGUCAUAUUCACAACGAUGCUGUGGAUUCCUGUGUUGUUUAUUUAUAGCUAUAUGUGGGAUGCGCUUUUCCUCGAUCCGGAUUUGAUGGGUAUGGGUACGAUGAUAUUCGGCACGCCUUCGUCGCCUAUCGGACGUUUUUCUUUAAGAAUACUCAUGGGAAAAUUAAAGUUAUUCGUGGGAUGA